UGUUAGAUCUAUUCUAUCUCUUGUUUGAGGUUUAACCUUUACAAAGAGAAUCCACGAUACUUAUAGAAAUAAAACAAACUCUUGACAGGUGUCUCACGAAAUAAAAAAAUGGCAAAAUAUUUAAAUUGUGGAUUCUUUUUAAUAUUUUUUAUCCUAAAUUUAGCGGUUGCAGAACGAAUAAAAGAUAUGAUUUACAUGAAUUUUGAAGGAGUUGCUGCUUGUUUUCGUAGACACAAUGGAACACAUCAGUUUGGAUGUUCUUCAAAUAGGUCAGGAAGUGUUGGCAUUAUUCAUUUAGUUGAAGGUGAAAGUGAUAUUAGGUGGCUUGAAUACAAUGCAACUGCUGGAGAAUAUACUGUAGUUCUUACAUUUUCUAUGUUUACCAGAAAUACAUUAUUUAGAUUAAGAAAUACACAUAAGAUAAAUGGAGUUUUAUUAGUUAGAAAUGUUAGUCAACCACGUCCUGAUUUUUAUUCUCCUGAAGAUACUUGUCCUAAUAGAUAUUCAGGAUAUAAAAAAUGCAAUGAUGCUUCUCCAUGGAAUCCUAGUGGAUCUUCAUUACUUAUGGAAGAUUGGCCUUUCCCAAUGUUUUAUACAGAGAAUCAAACACUGAUAGAAGCUAUAAGAUCUUGCUUUUUGACACAUAAUGCACAUGAUUUAAAAAAUCAAAAAUAUAGACCAUUAUGUGCAUUAGAAAUGAAAUCAUUCAUGUUUGCUGCAAUUAAUUCUGAAUCUUGUAUUAAACGUAGUGAUUUUAAGUUAAAUUUCAAUCCAACACAAUUUUGUGAUCCAUUGGGAGAUAGGAAUAUAUAUUGGCCUUUAGCUCCCAUAAAUAAAGAUAAUAAUUCCAUAAUAUUAGUAAUAGCCAGAUUAGAUGCCUCUUCUUUAUUUGAUGGAAUAUCACCUGGAGCAGGCAAUGUAGUUACAGGAUUAGUAACUCUACUUGCAACUGCUUAUUAUUUGAAUAUCUUAGCUAAAGAUAUUGUAUUGAAUAAUACUAAUGUUGUCUUUGCUUUAUUAAAUGGCGAAGCUUUUGAUUACAUAGGAUCUAGUAGACUAAUUUAUGAUUUAAAAGAAGGUAAUUUUAAUGCAUUAGGUGGAGUAAAUUUAAAAUUUGAUGAUAUUAAGAGUGUAAUUGAAUUUGGUCAGCUGACUAAAGGAAAAUUAUAUAUACAUUCUAAUAAUGCACAAAACGACGAAAUAAUAAAUAAAAUCAGUAAAGUCUUACAUGCAGAUGUUAUGGAAAAUAGUGUUCCACCUACAUCUAUACAGAGUUUCUUAGAAGAAAAACCAAAUUUAACUGCUGUUGUUAUAAGCAAUCAUGGUAAACAAUUUGAAAAUAAAUAUUAUAAUGGAAUUUUGGAUGAUGCAGAAAAUCUUAAUUUUAAUAGGAGCGGCAUAAAUGAGCUUGCAACUGUUUUAGCAAAAAUAGCAGUUGAUGUCGCUAAAAUUCUUUAUAAAAAAGUAUCUGAUAAUGAGCCUCCAUCCAUAGAUGAUUCUUCUGUUGAAUAUCAGAUUUCGGAGAUGUUGAUUUGUUAUCUAGAAAGUGCUAACUGCCCUUUAUUUCAUGCUAUUUCACCUCCAAAUGCCAAAUUAAUUAAUCAAGUUUUAUCAUUAUAUGUUGGGGUACAUAGAGUACCGAAUACUGCCACUACAUUAACUGGUCAACUUCUUGCAUAUUUGACUAGAGAAGAAGUUCCACAUAUGACAGAAGCGACAUGUUACGAAAAUCAUCUUAUUUGGAUGGAUGAUUAUAAUUCUACAGGUUUAUGUAUAAAUUCUACUGUAAAUUACAGUACAGCUAUGAGUCCUGCAUUUAUAAUUGAUGGAUAUGAUAUGAAAUCAGGAAUUUAUUCAACAUGGACAGAAUCUAUAUGGCAAACUUUAAGUGUAAGAAUGUUUUUGAAGCCUUCAGUAGCUACAGAACAACUUACUAUGAUUUUAGGAACUUCAGUAGCUAGUAUAUCAUUCAUUCUUGUAUGGUUCAUUAAUUCCCGGGCUGAUAUAUUAUUUAAUUCAAGAAAUUUGUUUUAGAACUCUAAACUGUUAGGGAUACGCUGCGGACCACAUAUCAAUGGCCAGGUUGGAUCAUCGGGAAAACGAAAAUGCUCCAGUAACUAGCCUUUGAAUGUAUGGUACGCUCUCGGACAAUUUUUAUACCUCAAUAUAUUUCGAUGCCACCGAUUUCUAAUUAUUAUGUUAUCAUUAUAUUAUGAUAACAAUUUAAUCAAAUUUUUGCACCUGUUGUUAUAGUAUAAUGGAAGUAUUCACGAGUUCGCUUAAUUUAUCACGUCCCUUUAUAUUUUCAUGUAUAUGCAUAAAUGUAUAUGUGUACUCAAUGAAUUCAUGGAAUUUUUUUAAAUUCCAUAAAAAAUUAAUAUGAGAAUAUUACAUCCGUAUCUCAAAAUAAUCAGGGUAUAUUAAUAUUAAAAAAAUCUAUUAAAUUCAUAGUUCAUUAGAAUUCUUUUGUACACGAUUAAACAUAUGUAUUUUAUUUAUAUACAUAAAUACGUAUAACAUUUAUAGAUAGUACGAUAUAUAUAAUAUUUUCGAGGAUUAUUUAAUUCCACAUUGAUUUUUUCUUAUUCAUGAACAUUUAUGAUUAUAAAUGUCAUGCAUGUAUUUGAUUCAUAUUAUAGUAAAUUGUUGACAAUUUGUGGUAUAUCUAUCGAAAUGUAAUAAUUUUAAUUAAUUUUAUAUUUUUCUGUUUAUUUAUUAUAGUUAUCUUGUUUGGAAAUGAAUGAUGUUAAUGCAGGAUAUUUAAUUUGUUUAAAACGUGAUUUUUGCUCAUAAUAGCUAAAAAAUU